CCUGAAAUCAAGUUGUAUUACUAGGACCGAGAUAGAUAAAUAUAUUACAUGGCGAUCCUGCCAGUGGCCUUUACUAGAAACUGAUUACAGUGCUGCUAGUAUAAUGAAAAAGGUAGAGUAAGGAAGAAAAAUAAGAAAUAGUCGUUUAAUUUCAACUGCUAGCUCACCCUGAAGAUGAGAUCAAGAGAUAUCCUCGCAGAAAGUUCAAGGUAUUUCCUCAGAAGUUACUACAUUUAAUAUGGAUAUACCUUUUGCAUAGAAUGUUGUUGAAAAUCAGUAGAGGAAUCCAAUGGAGAAGUAAUGAUGGCGGAUAUGUGCAUGAUUAUUGAGUAAAAAAUAAUAGAUUUUGGAGGAUCAGGAGCAGUGAAUUCUUUUUUAGGUUUUUAUUUUGGCAAUAAUAUCUAAUAGACAAAUAAUGACAACAAUAAACAGUGCUACUGAAUGCGUGUGGAUGAACACUGGAACAGUGAAUAAGAUUUAUGGUGAAAAAAUAAUAACGAAUUUAUAAACCAUAUGUAUAUCCAUUACUGAUGUAUGAGGCACCGACAGUUCACAACUCGAGAUGGUGUAAUAAAUGCAGUCCCCCAAUUUUUGACUCCAAAUCCAGGAAGUUCUACAAUACCGGCAUACAAAAAUUGGUUCCACGUUGCCAAAGGUCAUUGAAUGUGAUGGUAAUGACUUCGACGAAUAAAUGGCUCGCCCAACAGAGGAUUUUUGGGCUUUAUUGACUAGAAACGUUUAACAUGGAGGUUGGGAAGCAGAUAGAGAACAAUAUUAAGACGGAGAAUUUAAGAAAAUCUGAGAGAUUUGAUCUAGAUUUCGUCCAGGACAUUCCAAGAAAGUUGCGUCUGGUAGAGCAGAAUGGGCCACUCCACAUAAUUCAAUAGUAUAGUUUAGUUAAGUAUUGAGUUGUAGUUUAUGAUAACUAGUUAGUUUCUGAAUAAAUUCCUUCAUUAAUGAAAUCCGAUAAAUAGUUUGUGCUAAACCUUUCAGGACUUACGUUAUUUUGUUUUUCUCACAUCACAAUUGAAUUAAGUCAAGAUAUCCUGAAUUGGCACAAGUUCUUAACCAUCGGAAUGGGAAUGAAGUAUUAAAUGCAGACUUUAUUUGACUAAAUUUACUUUCAAUACUUAUUAUAAUGAAUAUUGUCAACCAUAUUACCAUUUAAAUUAUGAUUGUGUUUCAUUCAUACGCAAUAUAACCGAUGAUUAAUUUGAAGGUAGUAUAUAAAACAAAAUUAAUCAAACUUAUCCUGUUAACUUUAUUAUCAAAGAAAAUAAUCAUCCCUGACAUUCAGUGUUUAAAAAUCAUCUCUUUAAAAUGUCGUCUGUUAGUGUUGUCCAUGUGGUCCAUUCUGGAAUACCAAUUUUACUUUCCAC